CUCUCUGUACAAAGCCCAAAGUCCCUCUGCUAUCAAAUCUCUCAGCGACUUCACCCUCCAUUUAUCCGUUCACCCCCUCCCUCUCUCUCUCUGCUUUGUCGCUCUUUUAUAUGGUCAUCUACGAUUACUCUCUCACUUUUUAUACCAAUUCCAAUCCCACACGUUCUUUCCAUUUCUCUUUCUCAACUCUUCAACAUCAAAGCUCAAAACCCUUACGGUUAUACCAACAUCAACAACAACAAUAAUAAUCAGAUGAUUCAUAAUGGAGAAGGGACCCACGACACCAUCCCGAGGCCCACAUCUUCUGAUCCGUUCGGUUCUAUCAAACCGGACGGUGGUGAUGCAUCGCCUGCAUCAGCAUCACAGCAUUCCUCACGUGGAGAAUCGGAGUUCGAGCGGUACUGUAGCGCCACCUCAGUUAUGGGCACACCUCGUAUUUGUAGUGGUUCGUGUGAUCCUUCUUUUAAUGAUUGUAUAAAGUCUGAUUUUGGGCCCUUAAAAAGUUUGGAUGAUUUUAGCGUGGGGCUGAAAAGUUUCCAUUCUGGGUUUGAUGAUAAUGAGAACUUGGAGGAUCAAACGCUUUCAAAUUCGGGUAUUGAUUGUUUAGAUAGCAGUUUUGAAGAAAAUGGGAUUGAUGGGUUGGAAAUUCGUGGUAGUGAAAUGGACAUUAAGCGGGAGAGUGUUCGUUUGGGAAUUGGGAAUGGAGAGAAUGAUGGUUGUUUAAGUGUGUUGGAUGUGGAGGUGGGUUUGGGGUUUGAUGGACGGGAAGUGGAGAGAGGGGAAGAUGGGGGUUCGUCUGGAUAUGGCUAUUCUGAAGAUGAUGAUUCGAUGUAUGGAUGUGGUUCGGAUGAUGAGAAUAGGAAGAAUUUGAAUGUUCGGAAGAAUGUGUUGCUUGGUGAGGAAGGGAAAGUUGGUGAUGCGAACCCGUUGAUUAUGAGUUCAUCUGUGGCUUUUGGGUCGGAGGAUUGGGAUGAUUUUGAGCUAGAAACAAGGGGAGGCAUUGGAGCUUCUUUUACCUUGGAUAAAUUUCAGCAGCAGGAGCAGGGUCAGGAGACUGAUGGAAACUUUUUUAGUUCUACUUCUGUGGCUUUGACUGUGGUUCCAGUUGUUGGUGAAACAGAAAUAGGGAAAGGUUUGAUGGAGGAACAUGCUGGCAUCAGAGACAGUGCAGCUGAUGGUUCAGGAGAGAAGCUCAAUUCUGCUACUAAGGUCCCUUUUUGUGUACAGAAUUCUGUGGUGGACCAAGUGGAAGAUGUGAGAGACAUUCCUGUAGCCAGUUGUCAGGUGCAAGGUGGUCAUGAAUUAGCCAAAGAUGAUAAAGGUACCUCGAUCGUGCCAGUUGCUUUUCCAGGCUAUUGUGAACCACAGGAAGAUGUUAAAAAUAUUUCUUUUAACUGCAAUCAAGUCCAACGUGCUAAUGAUACAACAGAGCUUUAUAAAAAUUGUCCUGUCAGUGGUGUCUUUGAGGUGGAGCCGGAACCUCUGGUAGAAAAAUCUCCCAUAGGGUUAGGAAUGGAUUUUACAGAUCAUCAUGUGGAUGAUCUGAAUACAUUUUUGAAAUCCGGGGAAGUUGUUUGCACUAAUGACAACGUAACUUUGGAAAAUGAAGAGGCUGGGAAUUUAAAAGUAGAGGCAGACCCCUUUUCUGAUACAACCAAUCAACUUUGUUCCCGCACAGCUGAAUAUUCAGAAAAUGCAAGUGCAGAAUUCUUUGUGGACCAAAAACUAAAUUCAACCCAGUCAAUGCUUGAAAAUAGCAUGAAGAAAGCAUCAGGAAAUGCUCCUGGUUCUGUGAUUCCUUACAAAGACCAUCCUGCGGUGGUUAAGGCAGAGGCAGAGAAUUUUGAGCUCAUUGAAUUUUACGAUGAGAUUGUUAAUGAAAUGGAAGAAAUUUUACUUGAUUCUGUUGAGUCUCCAGGGGCCAGGUUUCCUCGGGGUAAUCACAUGUUUCAGUCACAGCUAUUAAUGUCAACUGCUUCUACUUCUGGUACUGAUGAGGCUUAUAUGCUAAUUACACAGCCACAGAGAAUUGAUAGGGUUGAAGUAGUAGGUGCAAAGCAGAAGAAGGGAGAUGUCUCACUUAGCGAAAGGUUGGUUGGAGUGAAGGAAUAUACUGCAUAUAUAAUAAGGGUAUGGAGUGGCAAAAACCAGUGGGAGGUUGAACGCAGGUAUCGUGAUUUCUAUACACUCUAUCGUAGGCUGAAAUCAUUAUUUGCUGACCAGGGCUGGACUCUUCCUUCUCCAUGGUCCUCUGUGGAAAAGGAAUCUAGAAAAAUAUUCGGAAAUGCAUCUCCAGAUGUUGUUUCUGAGAGAAGUGUUCUUAUUCAGGAGUGUUUACAUUCAACUAUCCAUUCUGGGUUCUUUUCCAGUCCCCCAAGUGCACUGGUUUGGUUCUUGUUUCCUCGAGAUUCAUUUCCUAGUUCCCCAGCGGCAAGAACACUAGUUCCUCAGUCUGUAUUUUCUAACAGAGGGGAAGAUGCAGGAAAUAUUUCCACUUUAGGGAAAACAAUAUCACUUAUUGUUGAAAUUCGGCCAUUCAAAUCUACUAAACAGAUGCUAGAAGCACAACAUUAUACUUGUGCUGGAUGCCACAGCCAUUUUGAUGAUGGGAUGACAUUAAUGCGGGACUUUGUACAGACACUUGGGUGGGGAAAACCACGACUUUGCGAGUACACUGGUCAGUUAUUUUGUUCUUCAUGCCAUACAAAUGAGACUGCAGUUUUGCCAGCAAGAGUUCUACAUUAUUGGGAUUUUAUUCAAUACCCAGUUUCUCAGAUGGCCAAGUCAUACCUGGAUUCCAUCCAUGAACAGCCCAUGCUUUGUGUAAGUGCGGUCAAUCCUUUCCUAUUCUCCAAGGUCCCAGCCUUGCACCAUAUCAUGGAUGUCAGGAAAAAAAUUGGAACUAUGCUUUCAUAUGUUCGAUGUCCAUUCUGCAGGACCAUCAAUGAAGGACUCGGUUCUCGAAGAUAUCUUCUUGAAGGCAAUGAUUUUUUUGCCCUUAGAGACCUCAUAGAUCUCUCAAAAGGGGCUUUUGCAGCGCUACCAGUGAUGUUGGAAACUGUUUCAAGGAAAAUCCUGGAGCAUAUAACAGAGCAAUGCCUCAUAUGCUGUGAUGUAGGAGUCCCCUGCAGUGCCCGUCAAGCUUGUAAUGAUCCAUCCUCACUCAUUUUUCCUUUUCAGGAAGGGGAAAUUGAAAGGUGUGCUUCUUGCGAAUCAGUAUUCCACAAGCCCUGCUUCAGCAAGCUUACAAAUUGCUCUUGUGGGGCACACCUCAGGACAGACGAGGUCUUGGAGUCAACCAAUAGCUUGAGCCGUAAGGCCAGUGGUCUCAUUCUGGGAAGGAGAUCGGGCUCUGCUAUGGGUCAAGGAUUGUUCUCCGGGUUAUUUUCGAAGGCAAAUCCGGAAAAAGUGAAGGAUCACAAGGAUAAUGAUGCUAUUAUUUUAAUGGGUUCUUUGCCAAGCAAUUUUCUUUAAUCACAUGUGAUUGUAGUGUACCUUGUGUAUAUUGUCUUUAUUGUAAAGCGGCCUGGCACCUCGAGGUGGUGCCUGAACUAGCGGAAGUGGCCUAUGUUGUUGUAUCAAAAAUUUUGAGGUUGGGUGAGGAUUUUGUUUCUUGUUGAUUCAUUCUUUGUAAAUAUAACACGAUUCAUAUGAUUGAUUGUUAACCUACUUAUGGAAUCGAAAUAAUGAUUUCUGUA